GUUCCCCAGGCAAAGCAAGCGGCCACAAGAUCCAAUUAUCUGUGCCCAUCGUCCAGCGGUCGGAGAGAUCGGAGGGGUCAAGAUGUCUUCGCACAAUAACGCUUCGCCUGCUAACGAUCCUCGGCAGCCGGCUGCGGCGAAGCCAUACGUCGCUCCUGUGGUUGCACCGCAAGACAUGCCGAUCGAUUAUGCGGGUUUCAUCGCCGUCAUCUUUGGCGUCGCCGGUGUCAUGUUCAGGUACAAGCUCUGCUCCUGGCUUGCUCUCAUUUUCUGUGCCCAAUCCCUGGCCAACAUGAGGAAUAUGGAAAACGAUCUUAAACAGGUUAUGAUGGCUAUGAUGUUUUCUAUCACGGGAUUGAUGACGAACUACUUUGGACCUCCUAGACCUGGCAAGCAAAGUUAAGAUUCAAGUUUGAUAAAACUGUGACAUCAUGUUCCCGCCUUUUCUUCAAUUUGUUCUUCAGUCGACGUCAUAUCAGAGGCCUGGGAAUGCUUGCUACUACGCAUUUUUCCCCAUUUUUAUUUGUGAGCCAUUAGGCAUUAAUAUCAUAGUUAAAUUCAUCUAACUCGUAUGCGGCUAUUAGCUAUGGUGCUACAUGACAUCAAUGUGUUUUCUUCUUUCAAUGAGGAUUUGGCCAUAUUUUUCUGAAUAUAAAUAGUUUUAAUUAUUAAUAAGGAUGCGAUUGAAUUGAUGAUUGGAAAAU